GGGCGGGGCCAACCCGAGCGUCAGCGGCGGCAGCGCCGGGCUCAGCCGGGCAGCGCCGAGAAGUGUCGAGUUCAGCCGAGCGGAGCCGAGUUCAGCCGAGCGGCGGCGAAUGCAGCGAGCGGCAGCGUGGGUGCUGCGCGGGGCGCGGACCCCGCAAAUGCUGACCCCCCUGGUUCGGACCCCCCAAGUGCUGACCCCCCUGGUUCGGACCCCCCCGGUGCGGGCGCGAUCGGCCACGGCGGGGACGCCUCCGCUCGGGCUGCUCUAUGAGCGGCACGGGGAGCCCGCAGCCGUCGUGCAACUGAAGGAUCUGGAAGUGCCUAAGCUGGGGGACUGCGAUGUCCACGUCAAGAUGUUGGCAGCCCCCAUCAAUCCUGCCGACAUCAACAUGAUCCAAGGGACCUACGCCCUCCUGUCGCCGCUGCCAGCCGUGGGGGGGAACGAAGGUGUCGGGGAGGUGCUGGAGGUUGGGCGCCGUGUGACGGCUCUGAAACCUGGGGACUGGGUCAUCCCCGCGAACGCCGGGCUCGGGACGUGGCGGACGCGGGGAGUGUUCCCUGAGGAGAUGCUGCUGAAGGUGCCCAGUGACAUCCCUGUGCUCUGUGCUGCCACUCUGAGCGUCAACCCCUGCACGGCGUUCCGUCUGCUGGCUGACUUCGAAAGCCUGGCCCCCGGUGACUCUGUCAUCCAGAACGCCGCCAACAGUGGUGUGGGCCAGGCCGUCAUCCAGAUCGCCAGGGCCUCCGGUGUCAAGACCAUCAAUGUGGUGAGGGACAGACCUGAUCUCCCAAAACUGGUGGAGAGGCUGAUGGCCCUGGGUGCUGACCAUGUCGUCACAGAGGAGAUGCUGAGAAAGCCAGAGAUGAAAGAUAUAUUUAAGAGCAUCCCGAGGCCCCGGCUCGCCCUGAACUGCGUUGGAGGCAAAAGUACCACAGAGAUGCUGCGGCACCUGCAGCCCAAGGGGACCAUGGUCACCUACGGGGGGAUGGCAAAGCAGCCUGUGAUGGUGCCUGUGAGCGCCUUCAUCUUCCGUGACAUGCGGUUCCGUGGGUUCUGGAUGACGCAGUGGCGGAAGGACCACGCACAGGACCAGGAGAGCGUGGCUGCGAUGAUGGAUGCCCUGUGCCAGCUCAUCCGCAGGGGCCAGCUCACAGCACCAGCCUGCACCGAGGUCCCGCUUCAGGACUACAGGGCAGCGCUGGAGGCCUCCAUGAAGCCCUUUGUGUCCUCCAAGCAGAUCCUCCUCCUCUGACCUGCAGCUCCUGGAGCCCUGUCCUGUUCCACAUGCUUGUCUACAGACUUGAGUGGUGAAAAGACCCUCCACAUCCAUUGAAUUUCUUUUUUUCCUUUGUUUAUCACAUUGUGGGUGCCCACUGAAAGCUUUAAAAGCCUCCGCAGCUUUGUGUGGAAGUGCCGCGGGAGGGAGGCUGCACCUCACUGUGGCUGGGGUGAGUUUGGGAUCCCAAAUGAUGGCUCGCUCAGCUCAGAGUGUGAAAAGAGCAGCAGUUCCCCCUCAGAUGUGCUUUUUGGGUCUGGCAGGGCUGUAGUUAUCCCAUCUGGAAUGUGGGAUGGGCAGGGAAGCCCAAGUCAUCUCCCUGCAGCCCUGCUGCCUCCAAGUAGGAGGAGGAAGGGACAUGGACUGCCCCAAAGGAUGAGGGAUGCUGUGGUUGCAGUGGCCCUAGGUGCUGCUGCCGCUCCUGGAGGAGCCCUGGGUCACCCCUGGCUGGGUUUGGCCAAGGGCACUGCAAGGGCUGGGGCCAGACCCUCAGUGUCCCUGAAGGCCCUCCUGGCCGGGUGUGGAACAGUGCCUGUGACACUGCAGAGCAAUGUGAAAAGAUUUAUUAUUGACAACAACCAACAAUGUGUUCUUGCUUCCUCCUGUGCUGCUCUUCUACUCUAUGACCCCAAAGCUCCCUAUGGCCCCUGCUCUUGCCAGUCCAGCUCUGCCGAGGUCCGGCCGCGUUGGCUGUGCAGCUGCAGGGGGGGCAGUGGCCGCGGGCCGCAGUGUGGCCGGCGCUGGCCCUGGCCCCAGCGUGGCCAUCCCGAACCACGGAGGGGAGCAGAGUGUGGGCAGUGCGAGUGUGCGGGGCCCGUGUGGGGUAGGAGGGGCGGCGUGGGGCCGAGCGGCCGCGGCUGGGGCAGGAGCGGCCUGCGGGGCGCGGCCUGCGGGGCCGUGUCUGCGGGGCCGUUUGCGUGAGGCGGGCCCGGCGCUGCCCGCCCGGGCCGUUGUGUCUGCCCGUGCCUCGGGCACCGUGCAGCUGCUGCUCGUAGGUGUCUGCGCGUCCUCAUCCUCCUCCUGCUCCUGCUCCUCCUCCUGCCGCCGGCUGAGCAUCCCACCUUUUCCUUGGGUGCUUUGCCAGGAUCUCAGUGCCCGGUGGGGGGCACAGCCAGGGGGUUUGUGCUUUCCCCAGCACCUGCAGACCCCUCCGGACACAGGGCAGGUCAUCCCUGGUGAGAAAGGGGUUGGAGCAGAACAGCAGCUGCAAAAGGCAAAGGGAAGGAGUUGUUUGAUGCAAGGAGGAGGGAGAAAAUCAAGGGAGAGCCGGGAGUUGGCACAAGCAAGGACAAAAGGGUGUUAAAGGACUCUGGCAUUUCACACCUAAGGCUUUGGUUGACUAAAGUUAGGACAGAGCUUUGUAAAGUCACAUCCACCCUCAUGUUUUGAGCAUUUGGGAGCAGAGAAGUGUAGGGUUUUCAAAAGCCAGAAAACUGCUGAGGAAAACCAAAGCCCGCUAGUUUCCAGGCCCCUCAGCAUGUCCAGAGUAACUCACUCCAGGACAAAAUAAAGCUGUGUUUGUUCCCA